UUCAAAUACGUCUUUCCUUCAAGAUUUCAAAUACGCCUUUCCUUUUCGUGGUUGUUAGUGACAUACUACGCAUCCCUACAUCCAUUCCCUAUAAAUACAAAUCAAAACAUCAUUGGCCUUCAAAAUCCUUCUAGAUAUUCAUAUGAGAUUUCUCUUUGCAAGAAUUUCAAGGACAAAAAAAAUGUCAGGUUUAAAUAUCAAUUUUGUGGUGAUUAUGGCGCUCAUGCUUGCAUCUGUGCAGUUACAUGGCACGGCGGCUCAAACUACCCAUGUGGUCGGUAACGCCUUGGGCUGGAAUAUUCCUCCCAACGGACCUUCUGCUUACACCACGUGGGCGUCAACUCAGACCUUCAGAGUCGGCGAUGUUCUUCUCUUUAACUUCAUCACUGGAUUCCAUAACGUUGUUGAAGUACCGAAGGCGGCGUACGGGCCAUGCACCACCGCCAACACCAUCUCCAUCGCCACCACCGGCCCCGCUAGAGUCACCUUAAACGCACCUGGCACACACUAUUACAUCUGCACCGUUGGAACUCAUUGCCAAAUUGGUCAGAAACUCACCAUCAACGUCUCCGCUAUCUCUACCACCCCUUCACCGACAGCAACACCCGCCUCUCCCGCACCAGUUUCUCCACCCACAGAUAACACCAUUCUACAACCGCCAUCACCCAGUUUUGAUCCAUCUUUCACAUCCGUGGCAUUCAUCUUUUUAUUGGUGAUUGGUUUAUUUAUAUUUUGUAUGAUCUAG